AUGGAAGUGAUGGAAAUCGCUGGAAAAGAUCCACUAAGAGCUCCAAUAUCUCUUGCUCUAGAAAUAGAGUCUCAAGAACAUGCGCUUGGCCAAGUUCUUCUCUUACCGCAUGGAGUCUACAAGGAGCUCACUUGUGAGUUUUUGGCUUCAAUGAGGUUCACAAUAAAGAGCUCGAUCGAGCUGAGUUGGACCAAGGCUGGGAUGGAUCACGUUCUUGGCAAGGGAGAGAAAGAAGCUACUCUCCUACAAGACACGCCUAACACUAGGUUUCAAACGGGAAGGAAGCUUAGUGUUGGAGGAGUCAUCACGCCAAUCCUCUGUGCAGCUGGAGUCCAUUUGGACAAGAGAAGGUCUACUCCAGCAGGAUGGAUGGACAUCAAGUUUUGCAAGACCAACCUCCUCAUUGAACACAAGGAGUUGGAUGGGAGGUUCCAAUUCAAGUUCACACAUCCAUUGGCUGGCCCUUCCAAGCUUCUUCUGCCCAACCCUGAGCUCACCACGGUUCUAGGAGGUGACAACAUUGACUUCAGACCCCCUGUGUACACAUUAGUUGGGCAUGAAGAGGAUUUGCGAGAAGAGGAGCCUGAACUCGAUCGAGCUGAGGAUCGAGCUGAGGACAACGCUCAGUGA